AUGCCUUUCACAGUGUUCGUUCAACUCAGAAUGAGAAAGCGCGGAUCCGCAUGGCAAAAAUUCGUGCUGGGUAUGAAGGCUACCGGCGGCGAUACACUGCCAUCUAGUGACGAACGACACGAUGCUUCAUCAGACGACGAUGCCACAUAUCUCCCGCGCACUGGUAAGAUCAAACUUCAGAACAUUCAAGACCUUCAAGUAUCGAUCUGCGAGUGGCAAUACGAUUGGGGACCUGCAAAUAUCUGGGAAAAGACAUUCAACGAGAAACUUCGGCUGGCACAAGAUCGAGGAAACUGCGCAGUCAGCCGCUUCUUUGACCAAUGCGAGCAACACACGUCGGAUGGACGAGCUUUACUGGCUGACUUGAAGCGCGUCGCCUACGCUCCAUGCAGCAAUGGUAAACAGGCCAGGGAUAGGUGUAUUCACAUAUAUAAUCUUGUGUUUGACGUCUUGUCAGAAGUCAAAUUUUUUGAAGUCAAACUUGAUGAGUAUGCGCCUGCUGUUCCAUUAUCUAGACUAUCUUCUACACGGUACUAUGAGCAUGCAUGA